AACUGGACGAGUGAACCGUUAGCUGCAGCAGCUAAAAGAAAUCGAAGAAGUUGUGGAGGAGGAGUGCUGCCCAGUGCAAUCCAGUGAUUAUCGAGAAUCAAACAUUCAGUGACAUCCAGUGAUUAAGUGUGAUCCAGCAGAACCAAAAGGAUUAACACAUUUGAUUUAUUUCAAUUGGAUACCUCAAAAGCAUCCGACGCAGAAUGCACAUCCAUUCAGCCCUUCUGCUAGUCCUGGCUGUGGCCACUGGCCUUUGGGUCAGCAGUGUUGAGGCGGCAGCCACCGGUGCUCCCGCGGCAACGGCCACUACUGCCAAACCGAAAGGAUUCGAGGCACGCUCGUUGGACGUCAAUGCUAGCGGAGCCGAGGAGGAGGACGAGUUCGAGACGCAGGCCCAGACGCAUCUGGCCUACCGCCAGCAGCCACAGCAGCAGCGCCAGCUGUACGAAUACAGCGAGGAGGAACAGGAGGAGCCGCCGCGUCAGGUCUAUGUCAACAGGAAUGCCAAGCAACAGAGCAACUUCCUUAAGAUCCAGGGCCAGCUCAAGAAGCCACUCAGUGAAGAGAGCGAAGAGGAGGAGGAGGAAGUUGAGGAGCCCGAUCGCCUGUCCACUCUGCUGAGCAAGUCCUCCUUCAGCUGCAAUGACAGGAACUCUGGUUACUAUGCCGAUGAAUCGCUGAGCUGUGAGGUGUUCCACUAUUGUCAGGAUAGCCAGAAGCACUCAUGGAUCUGCCCAGAGGGCUUCACCUUCCAUCAGAUCCAUCUGAUCUGUAUGCCACCCUCUCACGAUAACAUCUGCAAGCAAUCCUCCAAGUAUCAUAUUGUGAACGAUUACCUGUACAAGCCCAUCAAUCUUCAGGAGCACCAGAGCAAGCCUAAUGUGACGCUUCGCUACUCGGAGCGUUACUUCCCGGAAAACUACUACGAACACGAGCGUUACGAUGACGAAGAGGAGGAGGAGCCCGCACCCAGGCCACGCAUCCAGCCUCAGCAGCAGCCACAACAGCACCACCAUCGCAUCCAGCAGCAGCAGCCCCAGCAGCAACAUCGCCAAGUUGUGGCCUACCAGCAGCCACAGCAGCAGCCGCAAGUGCGUGUCCAGUACCAGCAGCCCCAGCAUCAGCAAGUGCAGCAUCAGACGGCUGCCCCACAGCCUCAGGUGGUGACGCAGAUCCGCCACCAGCCGCAACCACAGCCCACGACAUUGGCCUACAGGAAGCCACUGCCCGCCACGACCGUCCAGCCACAGCUACAGUUCCACCAGCCGCAGCUGCAGCUUCACCAGCAGCGGCCACAAACGUUGGCGCCCACCGUGACGCCGGCGCCGUAUCGCUUCUUCACCGCCGCCCCCCAGCUGCAACACUUGCAACAGCAGCAGCAACAAGUCUUCCGCACGCCCGAGGAGAUCAAUAUCUCGCUCCAGCAGCGCCGGCCGCAGGUCUUUAUCGCCACAACGCCGAGGUACUACGAGGAUGAGUACCUCUACGAGCGGAGGAAGUAAGGCGGAUGAGAGAUGGAGUGAGCAGAAAACAGUCUUGUCGUUGUCUCGUGUACAUUUCGCCCCCUCCCCAAACUCUGUGCGUAACUCUGUUAGCUUUAAGCUCUCUUCCCUAGCUCCCUGGUAAAUCCAAGCGCGAGUUUUGAGUACCUAUUUGUAAUAUUUAAUGUCCUGCUAGAAGAAUCCGCCUUCUAACUCAAUUCGUUAAUAAAGGAAGCCACAUAAGUUAAA